AUGGAUGAAGUUUUUGUGUCCUACAACGAUAUGAUACAAGAUAAUGACUGUGCCACAAGCGUGGAAUCAUACAAAGAUGUGUACGAAUUUUUGGAAAAUUCUGCUGAAUCCAAUUUCCACUAUUCAAAUGAAAGUCAAAAUUCGAGAUUUGGCAACUCGUGUUCCGCGGAUGAAGAAAACAUCCCCAUAUUAUCCUACGUAAGUAAUAAUUUCAAGCUGAAAAAGGAGAAAAAGUAUAAAAAAUGCUACACAGUUAGCUACAUAAAUAAUAUGAGCAGCGCUGAGAACUUCCCGCUUAAGGCAUAUGGACGAGUUCCCCCCGACAAAGAUAAACCAAAGAGAGUAACCAAUAUUCAGUGGCAACCCUUAGGAAACAAUGUUCCCGAAAUUGAUAAGAUAAACUUAUCCUAUAAGAAAGCUUGGGAUAUAGGAAAAGAAGGUUGCAAUGGGUUACUCAUUAAAAAUAUCUUCCAAAGUUAUAAACAGAAAAAGCUGAAUUACAUGGUCUUAGAUGGCACAAAUAUAGACAACUUCUUAACGGUGUACUCUCACACGUACCAGGCCGCUGUAAAGGGAGUUACCCCCAAUGUGCUACGAACGUUCAGCUUCUACGAUCUGGAGAAUGCCUAUUUUAUGUACGACGUUAAAAGCAUCCACAUUUUCAGCAAAGUGAAGGGCAAAGACAAAAAAAAAAGCGUGAUAUUAAAAGGCCUAAACGCUAACUUCUUUAACGCUAUAUUGGUGUGUAUGUACGAAAUAGUAAUUUAUUUAAAUUUCGCCAAUUAUACGCAUGACUCGACGAAUAAAUCGAGUAACAAAAAGAAAAAAAAAAAAAAGGGGGACGAGCGAAGCGAGAAAAUCUACUACGUCAAAUCAGCGAGGAACGAAAACAAUGCGUAUAGCAGUAAGAUAAAGGAAGUCAUAUCCAAGAACAAAAAUAAGAAAAAAAUAAAUGGUGCCGCUGAGAAUGGCGCUUUUAUCCGUAACGAAAUGGGAAAGGCGGAAGAGAGUAGGAAUUUCCCCGGAGGGGGAAAAAACAUAAACGUUGAUAGAGAGAAUCCAAACCAUAUGACACUUUGGUCGUCCAAUAAUCACGAAGAAUUUGGUUAUGAGUACAUCAAAGACAUAAUAAAAAAAGAAGAGAAGGAAUUGUACGAGACGGACAAAAUGUACCACAACAGCAAUGAUGAGUACUCGUCCCAUACGUCCGACAGCAUAGAGCAAUAA